CACCGCUGCACCUAGACAGAAGUACCCGAGCUGGGGCAACAGCCAGCCGCCCGGGCCGUGCAUAGCCCUCUGCCCCAGUGCCCUCCACAUCAAGGGAGCCGUGUUCCCUCCAUGCCAGGCCACCACCCUGCAGCCUUGUUGGCACUGGAAGUACAACACCGGGCGGUUGGGAAAGGACGGGCAGCGUGCUGCAGCACGGGAGAUCUCCUCUGGCUGCCUCACAGCGAGGAAGUCCUUAAUCUGCAUGUAUUUCGGGGUUGUGAUGCCAGUCCUGGUUACAAACCUGGCAGCCAAGUUCCUUCCUUCAUUGCUUAAUGCAAGUGCUUCAUCCCCCCUGCAAGGCCAUCUCUCACUCCCCCAGGCUCUGUGCUCCCCUCCUGGCUUGGACCGCUCUGCUCCCCCCAGCUUUGCUCCAUCACCCUGGCUCGGGAGCCCCUCCGGCUUCAUCCACUCCAGGCCCUGUGGGAAGGGAUGUAAUGAAGCAGAGGGGAACGUCCUUGGCCUGGCAGGGACAGGAAGGUUGUGCUGCCUUGCAGAAGACCAGACAGCUGGAUGGGUGGGAGGGGGUUUCUCCAUUCCCAAGGAAGGGGACUGGGGCUGUGAGGACGAUGGUGUUGGUGGUGCCAAGGGAGGUAGCGAACACACAACACUGAUUGAGCCUAGGGCUUUGUGACGGCACAUCCAACACGCAAGAGGCUCCGAGUUGCAACACGGCACAGUGACUCUGCCGCUCCACACCCCGGUAGUGAGGCCAAUGCCGUACGCUUGCUAUGUACUGCAAGGGCACCCGAGGCAGCUAACCGGGACACUGCCUUGCUCCGCAACGUACCAGUCAUCGCCUGCUUUCUGUCUAGCAGAGGAAGCCAAACUCUGCGGCCUGGGGCUGGCUCCUGCAUGCAGCAUGCCGGCACAGUAAGAGACAGUAAAGCAGAGAUGUGUAACCGUUUCCGCAGGGCUGGGAAGAAACACAGGACAAGACUCUGCUUUCCCUUUUAAUCUCCAUCUUCCCCUGUAAUGGCAUCAGUCAGUCCGAGGCCCCUUUCAUCUGCAAUUCCCCAGAUCCUCUUUCCAGAGGCCCAGGCCCUGCCAGAGGACUCAGCCCCCCUCCCCCUUGCAGAAGAUAUAUCUGAAAUGACACUUGACCGCAGCCAAGUGCAGCCAUUGUCUCUGCUUCUGUGCAUUGAGACAGACAGCUCGGUGAUUGAAAAGCCUUCUCGGCUGCCCUUGUUCAAUACAAAGGGGAGCGUGGCGUGGAGCAUGUUUCUGAACAGUCGCCAACAGGACCGCGUGGGAUUGCCAUCAGGGAGCACAGAUUUCGGGUCAAGAAGGAGUGUUAGAUCAGCUCCUCCAACCUCCCAGAGCGCCUGUGCUGAGCACAACUCGUGCGCGGCCGAGUACCGCUUUGCAGAUGCCAAGGAUUUGGAGCAACUGAACAGGAAUAAGAUCACCCACAUCAUUUCAAUCCAUGAAUCUCCCCAGCCACUGCUGCAGGAAAUCACUUACCUGCGCAUUCCCCUGCCGGACGCCCCCGAGGCCAACAUCAAGAAGCACUUUAAGGAAUGUAUCAGCUUCAUCCACCACUGUCGUCUGCAUGGUGGGAAUUGCCUCGUGCACUGCCUUGCAGGGAUCUCCCGGAGCACCACCAUCGUCGUCGCCUACAUCAUGGCGGUGACGGGCCUGCGCUGGGAGGAGGUGCUGGAUGCCGUGAAAGCCGUGCGGCCCAUUGCCAAUCCCAACCCCGGCUUCAAGCAGCAGCUGGAGGAGUUUGGCCAUGGGGCCGUGCGGAAGGUUGGCAGACACCUGGAGCAGCGGUUCGGAGCAGACCCUUUCAGUGAUGAGGCGGAGAUCAAGGCCCUGCUGCCAGCAGGCAAAGGAGGUGCGUCUGGGGCACAGGGAGCCAGGCAGGGCCUGGUGCCCCGGAGCAGAAGCAUCAAGGGCACGACUGCACACUUCCUGCUGCGGGUGAAGAGGACCUUUUCCUGCAUGCCCACCUGUCUGAGAUGAGCCCAGCUAAGGAGCAGGCAGGCGUGCGGCAGAGCAUGCUGGGACCACGCAGCGCGACAGACUGGUAGAUACGGAGGCCCAGUCUGGAGCGUCACUCCUGGUACGUAGAGGGAGAGAAGCCAUACACAGAGCAAGCACUGGACCACAAGCCAGGACCACCCGGGCUCUCAUCCUAGCUCUUACUGGGUUCCUUUGUGGUCUCAGACCAGUCACCUGCCUCAUCUGCAGAGAGGGGGAUUCAUUCUUCCCCCUCUCCUUCCCAGACAGCCAGAGGAUCAAUUAGCAAACACGCAUAGCCCAUUCAGGAGACUCAGAGUACCAGUCACUACCACUAGCAUAUGAAGGGCCCCAGGCACAGUUCAGCAAGGGUGAUGGCUCACAGCAGCAGUGCAGGGGACUUCCCUGCUCCAAAGACAUUGCAGUCACAGCACUUUCAGUGGAGGCUACGCAGAACCCACGAAGGACAUAGGGGAGCUUCUUACACAGCUCGGUGCUGCAGCAAGUGGCUUCCCCUGGCAAAGUAGCAUGUGUGACAGGGGUGUGAGCACACGAAGUUCACUAGCACGGGCUGAGGUCCAAUGCUAGGCACCAGGCCAAGAGAGCGGAAGACCAGAGCAAGCAUGGCUGCAGGAGCCUGCUGCCCCGCAUCCCCGCAGAGGCCGGGAUGUACCUCCGGGAGGUGGAAAACAUCCAACACGUGGCCGGACUCUGCAGAACUGAGCAUCCAGCCCACUUAGCCUGUAAUAAACCUCCUCGAGUGCC